AGCCUGCUGAUACGAGUUCCGAAAACAGAUACGGUACCUCCCCUUGCGUGAAUUCCUUUCGUGCAACCCAACAAGGAACAACAAACCAAAAGCAAACAACAACACGCACCAUGGUCGCCAUUCGCAGGGCAUCCCGGUACACCGGGCUCAGCGCGUCGAUCCGCUCCUGCCUCGCCUUGCUGGGCUUCGCGGGGCUCCUCGGGGGUGCGGGAGUCUUCCUCCUCUCGAUGGACGGGGGCGAAACGCAGCGGGGGACGCGCGGCCUGGUGGGCGUCGGCGCCCACUCGGCGGGGGCGACCCUCCGCAAGCCCCACCUGGUGUACGGGACGGCCUGGAAGAAGGAAGAGACGGCCGGGCUGGUCCGCCAGGCCGUCGCGACCGGCUUUCGGUUCAUCGACACGGCCUGCCAGCCCAAGCACUACAACGAGGCCGGGGUGGGCAACGGGUGGACGGCCGCCGCCCAGGAGCUGGGCCUCUCGAGGGGGGACCUUUGGCUGCAGACCAAGUUCACCCCCAUCGGGGGGCAGGACCCCAACAACGUUCCGUACGACCCAGAGGCGCCCCUCGCGGACCAGGUGAGGACCUCGCUGGAGGUCUCCCUCAAGAACCUCCGGACGGACUACCUGGACAGCUGGGUGUUGCACUCGCCGCUAGAGGCCUUCGAGGACACCAUGGCGGUCUGGAGGGUCAUGGAGGAGGCGGUCGACGCCGGGAAGGUCCGCCAGCUCGGGAUCUCCAACUGCUACGAUCUGGACGUCUUUCGGACGCUCUACCAGCAGGCCAGGCACAAACCUGCCGUGAGUUUGCGUUGUGCUGUGUUGUGCUGUGCUGUGUUUUUGCAGCCGCAUUGGUGUUGGCAUCGGUGGUUGUGCUCUUUGAUGGAAUGCGCAUGCAGAAGCAAACCGCUGGAACGAAUCCGAAAGUCCCGGUGUAUGUGGGAAGUCUUGGUUUUGUCGAUGCAUCAUGUAUGAAUUUAUCGCGUGGGACUUGGAAGAGUGGUUUCCGUGGCAUGCUGUAGUCUGAACAUGGUGUUGUUUCGCUUUGUUUCCUUUCGUKUCCUUUUCGCAAUCUUUCCUUUCGCGCCGUCGUCGGUUCCAAAAACAAAAACAAAAACACCCAUCGACGCAAACAAACGACGGUGCCGACCAAACCACGCAGGUCCUCCAAAACCGCUUCUACGAAUCCACCAAGUUUGACACGGAGCUCCGGAAUUUUUUGAAGGGCCGGAACAUCCACUACCAGUCCUUCUGGACACUGACCGCCAACCGCGGGGCCCUUGGCAGCGAACAGGUGAAAACCCUGGCCGAGGCCAAGGGGCUGACCCCGCAACAGUACAUGUUCGCCUUUAUGAUGUCCAUGGAAAACGUGACGCCGCUCUCGGGGACGACCAGCAGGAUUCAUAUGGCCCAGGACGUUGCCGUCAUGGAACGGGUGCAAUCGGGGGAGUCCAUGUUUACGACACACGAACAACGGCUCUUUGCCAAAAUCCUGGGCAUGCCAAUGGAUGCUCCGGGCAGCACAGCGUACAACUAAAUCGAAUACAACUGCCAAUCACUCGUGCCAUUGGAUGCGACCUCCGAGUGAUCCUCGUUCCUCGCCCUGGGCACACCGAAACGCAUAACUAUUGUAGAAUUUUGCAACGUCCUUGGCAGAGACUGAUAUGAUACUAAUAACAACAAUGCUGAUAA